CCUUUAAAAUAUUACUAGUACGUACGAUUGUAUAAAACGCCCAAAAUUGCCACUGGGCGUUGUCCUGCUUACAUUUCUUUCCUGGGGUGCUCUAAAUAGAUGUGGUGGCUGGUUGAACUCAUUCUCGCGUCGUAAUUGUGCGGUUUGUAGUAUGUAUUACUGCGCCCACCAAGCCGAAUCUGUGUUGAAUGUUUGCUGAUGGUUUGCUGUGCCGCGGCGCAUCACUUGCGUACGCGGCGUCGUCGGUGCGCCCGUCGCGGUGUUUGUGUACUUCGUUGAAUGCAUAUGUGGCCUAUGUGGCAGCCCGGUGAGUGAUCCUACUGCUGUUUUUCGAGACCACAGCUGUCGUCCUGUCCAGCCGCACAGAAAUCGCGCUGUAUGUGUUGUGUGCCUCACGUCGUGAAUCACCAGUGGGGCCCGCCAGGCAUGCAAGCAAGCGCUACUGGGAGCAGCGUGCCGUGAAGAGCUACCAUGGUGGUCGCCGACCAAGGCAACUGGGUGGCCGAUGUCGUGAUCGUCGUCGAAGGCACUGCCAACCUCAGUCCGUACGUCGAGAGCCUCAAGAGCCACUACAUUGUCCCGACUUUGGAGUAUUUCAAUGGAGGUCAGAUUGACGACAGGGACUGCGGCUAUGAUACCAACAGCACCACCUAUGCCUUGGUGGUGUUCAUGGCAGCUGACUGCGCACCUGAGCCAGCCGCCAUCUGCCAUGCCCCAACGACAAAUGUGGCCAAGCUGCUCUCCUGGUUUGACCGUGUCUCCUUCGUUGGCGGAGCAGGAGAGUCGUGCAGCCACAUUGCCGAAGGCCUCGGGACUGCGCUACAAGUAUUUGAUGACUUCCAGGCACUGCGUGAACCAGGGACGGCUGUGCAGAAGCACUGUAUCCUGGUCUGCAACUCACCGCCCUACCGGCUGCCCGCGCUGGAGAGCCCAGUGUACGCCGGUCACUCAGUCGAGCAGCUCGCCGCCAUCAUGGCUGAGAGGCAAGUCAACUUUAGCAUCCUUUCACCAAGGAAGAUCCCAGCCCUGUACAAACUCUAUGAAAAGGCUGGUGGCGACCUGCAGACUGCGCUGUGCAAAAACUAUGCUAAGGACCGAAGGCAUAUGGUGCUGCUGCGAGGGUAUCAGCUCCAAGAGCGACCGGUGAGUCCCCCCAUCGCAGUGUCCGAAGUGAAGGUGGAGCCGACACCAUCUCCAUCGCCCGUGGCACCCCUCAACCCCCGGAGCCCCGCAAACACACCCGCUGGUGUCGGGCAGAAGCGGCCUGCCGGUGGUUCGCCCCCAAACCCUCGGGAGGCCAAGAUGUUCAAGCAACCCACCUCACAGGCAGCAUCACCCAUGAGCACGAUGGGUGGCUCCCCCCAGCAGCCGCAGCUUCAAUUCCAGAACCAGGGCGCACGGCAGGGCAUUCCGACCCCACCUGCUACACACCUGGCAGCCAUCAACCAGCCCAACCCACCUAAUGUCACCCUGCGGCCCAUCCCUGACGCAAUGAACCGGACAACCCAGAAUCGAUCACCAGUCACCAUUGCAGGAAGUCCAGCAGGGAGUGUGCGUCUUCCCUGGAGCCAGCAGCCACCACAGGGCGUGGUGUCACCGGUGGUGUCGGGUGGCCCUCCAGUGUCCACCCCUCCACCCCCAACGCAGACAAGCAUGCCCCUACUGGCUAGCCAGCUGUCCAAUGCCCCGAUGGCCAGUGGACCCCCACAGCAGAUGCGGCCCACACACCCAACACCUGUCAGCUGUACUACAGGGCCUCAGAUGCAGACAGGCUUCAGGGGGCCCUCCAUGCGAAUGGGCGUGCCGCCAGGAAGCGCCUCUCCCGGCGUGGUAGGACCAGGAGGCAACCCCAUGGUUGGGGGUGGUGCACCAGUACCUCAGCAGGGGAUGCCCCCAACAGGACCGGCUGGUCCUCCACCCAGCACACUGGCCGCACAGCUGAGCCAGAUGCCCCAGGGAGGGCCCCCAGGGGGCCACUUCUCACCCGGACCGCCGCUUGCCCAGCAGCAGCCACAGCAACAGCCUCAACAGCAACAACAACCACAGCCUUCCAAGGGCCCUCCGCCACAGCCACCUCAGGGGCCCCCCAUGAUGGGAGGGGGUGGACCCCCUCAGGGCAUGCCACCCCAGCAGCAGCAGGCACAGCAACCGCCACCGGUGGCAGGUCCUGGAGUGGGCCUGAAGGAGCGGCGAACAGUGUGGCAAGGCCAAGUGGAGUACCAGGACAAAAUUCCGGGAAACCAACGCAAUAUCUACACUCUCCAGUGCAACAUCUCCACCAGCGUCAUCAACGGCGAGCCCGAAGUGUGCGCGGACAAGUGGCCGCCAAAGCUGACCCUGCAGCUGAUGCCACGGUCGAUGCUGAUGAACGUGGUGCUGGCGGUAAAGAACGCAUCGCGCUGCGUGGUGCUCUCCUUCGAGCCAAACGAGCACCUCCUCAAGCUGUCGCGCUUCAUGAGCUCGGCUUGGCUCGGCCUGGUGCACUUUGCAAGCCCGCCAGCUGACAUCAAGCUCAUGCUAGUGGUGUACAUGGCAGAGAAGAACCUGUUCAUGGGCAUGGUGGCCAACGACCAGGAGAGCCUCUAUGGGGCCGUCAAGCAGGUCAUCGAUACGCACCGCAAGCAGCAGCAGUCCAAGACAAAGAUGGUGCACUGGGAACCAAAUUCAGCACCGCCCAUGUGUGUAACGCCAGCUCCUGUUUACCAGGCGUACAUGUUCACCGAGGUGCCUUUCAAAUCGCCACCUUGGGCUGCUGCUGCUGCACUUGGUGCAGAAUGUGGCAUCCUGGGCCAGAAUGAAAUGUUAAAUGUACACCAAUAUCGGCGUUGUCGAAACCAGCCGUAUGCAACAGUCGGUCCAAGUUACACUGGGAACUCGUACUCGCCUGAGCUGCAGAACAUGUCUGGUGGUACCAUGGCAACGGCGGGCGGCAUGAACAUGGCUGCACCGGUUCCAAAUGCAGCAAUGGGCAUGGCACCGACACCGCAAUACUGUGUGUGCUUGCAUGAGCAAGCAGCACCAGGGCAGCAGUACUCUGCUGCUAUGUGGCCUGGCAACAACAUUUUGGCAAAGACGCCCGAGCCCUCCAGACAAGCGCAAGGAAUACUCCAGGCUGAGUUCACGCGUGGCAUUGCACCUCACAGCCAGCCUGCGACGAACAGCCAUCAUCUGCAGGAAGUUGUUCGAUCACGAGGUCCUAAGUUGAUGCCUCCCGAGCAGCAGGGGCCCCCACAGCAGCAGGUUCCCCCUAAUGCACAGCCUCCAACCAUGGCCGGGGUGGGGGGGCCUCGUGGGGGGCCACUGGGUGCUCAGCCCCAGGGAGGUCCCCCGGGUCCACCCCAGGGCCCGCCACCUGGUCUCCCACCGGGGGCACAAGCGGCCGCAGUCUCGCAGCAGCAGGCCAACAGGCUCUCGCAGCUUGAGGCUGAGCGACAGCAGAACUUGCUGAAGAUACAGCAGCUGCAGCAGACCCUGGAGGCAGCACAGGCCAAGGAGCUCCAGUACAAGGCAGCCCAAGAGCAGCAAAGCAUGCUGGAACGCCAGCGUGUCGUCACCCAUCAGAUUCAGCAGCAGCAGCAGCAGCAGCAACAACAGCAGCAGCAACAACAACAGCAGCAGCAGCAGCAACAACAGCAGCAACAACAGCAACAGCAGCAGCAGCAGCAGCAGCAACAACAGCAGCAGCAGCAGCAACAGCAGCAGCAGCAGCAGCAGCAGCAGCAGCAGAGGUUCCAACCAAACCAGACACCCAACCUCAGGCACAUUCUUCAGCAGCAGAUGCGCCAGCAGCAGAUGCUGCAGAACCUGCAACAGCAGUCCAGCAUUCGAGCUCAGCUGGCAGGGGGACUGGGCAUGGGAGGACCCGGCCCACAGGGGCCCCAGUCACAGGGUGGCGGUGGACCCGGGUGGGACGACACUGCUCUCCUAGACCUGCUGGGGGGUGCAGGGGGACCCCACAACGGCUGAUCGGCGCAGCUGUCUUGCACCCCUCCUUCCCUCGCUCCUCUGAGGAGACUCGAGUGAGAGCAGUGAAUUUGGGUGGCUAUAUUUGCUUGCUUUACGUCAGACGCUCUUCAACUGACAUAACAUCUUUCCAUUUUCAACCUUUUUACAACUGUCUUAUUGACUGCCCGGUUCUGUCAUUUGCAGGUGGCAUAAGUUUGGGCAGCAAGUAAGUGGAGGGCCACAUUUGAUUUCCUCACGUCCACAUCGCUUUCACUUGCUUAAGCACUCUUGUUGCAUGCGUUGUACAUAUUCCAUGUGUGCAUCUUACACACUCGCGGAGUCUCAGCGGUCUCUGAUUUCAUUUGUGGUGGAAUUCGUCAAGCGUUCUGUCGAUUUGCACACAUGAAAAGCCACUGGUGGGUUUUGUCACUGAAGCACGUUCGUACCCACUCCAGGCAUAAAGCAUAAAUAGCAAUGAAACAACUUCAAAGACCAGGGCUUGUGUUUACAAAAUUUUUCUUGCUUGAGCUAUUGCCGUGGCAACCUUGUUGUAAUCAUGUCAAUUACAAUCGUGAUUGGCAAACUCUUGAACAAACUUUUGCAAGUAAAGUUCUAGCUCCGGGAAACCAGUAUACCUUAAGCUGCUUGGAUAAAGAACAACAUUUUCUUUUUAAUCUGCUGCAUAAUUCUUUGCGUGGGAAGCAAACAUCUAAGCUAAAAUGGCCUUUUUAGUCUUCUUUUUUCAUUUUGUAUUGCUUCUCAGAGGAUGCACGUUAUGUGCAAGAGUAUAUCUCGUGAAAGUAAUUUUUGUGUGUUAAAUGUACAAAAAAAAGUUUACACCCUUUGAAGCAUAUCUUGUCCCCAAACAAUAAUAAUCACCUGUCUUGCUUGCGUUUCCUUUCCUAAAAACAUUGCUCAAGAAUGCUAUGUGAUGCUGAUAACAUGCAUGCCGUUCAUUACCUGAAAGGAGUGGGCACGCAGCAUUUAAGAAAGGCAAAGGUACUCAAGAUAGGUGACGAUUAUUGUUUGGGGACAAGAUGACCCCCCAGAGAUUACAAAUUUUUUUUAAUUGUACUGUCUUCCAUAUGAUUCUGACAACACAGCGAUUGAUGCAGUAAAGAAGCAAAGAUAAAAUGUUAUGCAAUAAUAACGUGAAAGUACCCUACCAGUUCGUUUACGUUUGUACUAGCAAUUGUGGUUCAUUUUAAUUGUGCGUCAUGGCGCUGUCACAUACAGAUAUGUUUCACAGCAUGCACAUUAUAGGAAAUUUAUUCGCAUAGCAGCAGCUGUUUUGCACCAUUUGAUGAAUUUCAUCCCUUUUCUUUACUUGUUUACAACCCUCUGUAGGCUUGCGCAUCUUGCCACUGAUGUUGUACUCCGAAGUUCUAGCACCACUACUAAGUAGAAUUCUGAAGCGAAUGUACUGUAUCAGUAUGCAAGUCUUCUUUCUCCUUGUUGAGCCUUUUGUUAAUGUCACUUUGUUGAUGCUGUUGUUUUCUAGAUUUCAAAUCUCGCCACGUUGCGUUUUAGUCAACAGCGAUUGAACAAGUGAUGCCUUGGGCUGGAGCCAGUGUUUCGACAAGCAGCAUCGUCUUCAUCAGGCGUAGACAACCUUUGUUGAAACGUUGGGUCCAAGCCCGAGGCAUCCUUUGUUUAAUCGCUGUAUGUCACUUCAAGUGUUCACGUUCCUGUGAAUCUCUGUCUGGUAUCUAUUUGCAUAUCGGCUUUUCACACAACAGUGUACAUUUUAGCUAAACCAACUGAGGCACAAAUUCAAGCAGGUUCAGUUGUUCUGGCCACAUGAGCGCAAAAGUGUUAUGGAGUGUAUGUCAAGUCAGCACAGCACACUUCUGAUGUUGCAUGCGACAGUAUCUUACCUGUAUUGUGCUUUGAGUUUGAACUGGCCACAGUUGUAUAGCAUGAGGAUGUCGUUUAAAGUUACCAGGGGCACUUCAAUCAGAGGGCCAUAGCCACGCUGUGAGCCUAGUAAGAGCUGCCACGGCCUCCAAUUGGCUCAAAGCACCGCCAUUACAGAGUUCGUCAAUACGGUAGAAUUGGACAACGUCUAGAUUAGCAACACGGUUCUGUAAGAAUCCAACUUGAAGAUGAGUGCAGCUGUAUGAAAUAAUAUACUUCAUUGAUUUUCUUUUUCUUCUGCAUCUUAUUGUGGAAAUAUAGGGUCGUUCUUAAAAACAGCAGUUGAAGCAAGCUUUUUCUUUUUUUGUGCACGCAAGUACUUUGAUAAGAGGCCUGCGACAGCCUUUCUUCAAUCCUUAGCCUGUGAUUUAAGACUUGCCGAGAAAAGGUGAAAAAUAUUUGACUAUAAUUUAAUGUUCAAGUCCUAUUAUCUGUUGAUCUGGAUCUUGCAGUCUGUAAAGAAGAAGUUCUUGCAUAGCUCCUUUUAUGGGCUAUAUCGUUGUGCUUGUUGUUCAGCGUGAAUUUAUUGACUAUGUAUAGUUUGCUCUGUUGCUUUUCACAGUAGCACUCUGUUGAGAAUGUACUAAAGAACCAUUCCUGGAAUGGCAGCCCACUGCGCAAGAAAGCACUGCUUCACCUGAACCCAUUGUUUACAGUGUGUUUACAGGGACAGCAUGCAACACAAAGCGCAUAUUGUUUUUAAGGCAUCUUUCCUGUUUGUUGCACACUUGGCUUUUUUUAUUUUUUCUCUUGUUCUUGUUUUUUGGCGCAUAAUUUUAGAGAGGCUAAAAUGUCAAGCUUGGAUGCGUUCCGUUUCAGAAGUACAACUUCUUGUUUGAUUGAUGGGUGCCUCUUUUGUACCCCUGUACAUCUGUGUUGCAUUUUUGAAGCUGUAUACAGCAAUGACAUCACUGUGCACGUAAUCGGGCACAUAAGUUUACGAGACCCAGAUUCCUCGACAAAUGUAAAUGUCAGCUCUGUUAAGGCAUGAGACAUCUAAAUUAAGAGAUCCCUGGUGUAGGUUGGCAAAUCUGCAACAGAUUAGAGCUCUAAAUUUGACGCUGCGUUCCCAGGCUCCACGAGAAUUGCCAUGUCCUGUAUUGUUCCAUAAUUUGAUUGCCGUGUUCCAAAUGGCAUGUUGCGUAAAGUUUAGUAACCAACUGCAUUUUAUAUGUAUAUUUCUAGCGUGGUGUCACGUAGCAAUAGCAGGUACAUUUCAUGCUACGCGAUGACUGCUGCCGGGAUCUUAGCCGAAGUCUGUUCCAUGUAAUUUUAAAGAACUCUCUCUGUGGGAAGCAUUUCUGGUGACGAUAAACAGUAUGAUCAUCGCUCGGUGAGGAUUGUGCUCAAUAUAGCUAUGCCAGAGAUAACGCCAAAGACGUGUUAAUUCCAGAAAUGCGGGACAUGCGGUUUGCCGUGUCAUCAUCAUGUCUGAACAAUGCACAGCCCCGAGCAAAACAAGUGGAAGUCUGACCGCGCUAGAGUGCCUCAGCGAGAAAGUACUAAGUGUCUUUUUCUUUGUUGAUGUUGUUGUUGCUGCCAAUUUGUUGCAGAUUGUUUACACAGACAAAAAAAAAAGCUACGUUUUUGUGUUUUGUGUUGGCACGGAACAGUGAGUAUGGAAACAUGCCUUUUGUAAAUACUACGAUUUCUCUAUCUAUGCUGCGACUGCGUUACUGUCAUGUUAAAUGAGAGGUUGUGCUGUACAGCUUGGAUGAGCUCUGUCAACGUGUUCCGUGAGCGUCCAAUUCAUAGCUUGUCAAGCAGAAGUGGCCGGCAUGGUAUCAUACCUGAUUUUCUCAGCGAAUUCGUGCUAAUUAUCGCACCCUUGCUGUACGAGCAUGCUCCAAGGUAUGCUAUGCACUUUCAUAUAAUGUAUCUGAGCUGCUAGGUACGAGUUAUCAUUUGCACCACGAGAGCAUUUGUAUGUAAUGUACGAGAAGAGAGACACAACGGCCACCUGUUAGUCACCUAGGUUGUUUCCUCUCUUUAUCAUUCCUGCAUGCAAAGAUUAUUCUGUCUGUUCGUUAUAUUUAGUGUGUUAAUUACAUUUUCUCCUUCCUCACUAAGCACCAGAGAACUCUUCGUCUCUUGCUUCUUCUCCAGCAAAAGAGUUCAGGGGUCGUAUUUUUUUCCAUGCAACUGUAUAUGGAGUAGUUACAACACCUUGGCAUUGUUGCUUCGUGUACAGUUUUACAUAAGAUAUUUGGUCUUUCUUGUAUUAAUACUUGGUCCUUUCGUCCCUUUACAUUUUUAGAGGUACAGCUCGGGAUAGGAGUAGGUGCGUACGGUGCUGAUUCACUCUUGUAAGUCAGGUUGCAGGUCAGUGCUCUGUGCACCUGAGCCUGAGCCUAUUCGUCUAGAGUUCCCUCACGUUGCAUCUAAUUAGUUAGUGAUAAUUACGCAUCACCAGCAAGCCAAACCCUCCACUCCCUUGGUACCUAUACAACAGAGAACGAUGUGAAGAGCAUCAAAUGUGGCGUUACGCUCAAAAUUUUAAAUGAUAUAAGCAUUGAAAAACAUUUCUUGCGAUUGCCUCGGAGUAGCAGCUUGCCCCGGCAAAACUACAGGCUCUUAGUACUUUUCUUGACUUUUUUUUUUCUUGUACGUGCGAUCGGCAUUGAAACGUUACACAGCUCAUGUUUUAUGCGAUGAGGCUGAAUUUUGACGCAGUGUGUGCCUGCGGCCAGCUGUGCUGUACUACGGCACUGUAUUUGUCACAUAUGCUAUGAAGGUUGCAAAUGUGAAUUUCAGGUCUCAUGCUCAGUCUGUAGAAAUGUUGUUUGUUUGUUUUUUCUUUCUCGGGUUCCACACCUUGUAAACUUUUGACAUUGACAGCACAACUUAUUGUACAGUUUACUUUGGUAUAGAACUCUCCGUGCUGGACGACUGAUGCCCAGCUCUGCAAGUUGUAAAAAGUGACAGUAGAUAAACGGGACACUGCCGACUGUUUUAAAACAAAGCCUUCGGGCAUAUAGUUCAAUUUACGCUCGUGAAAUUUCAUGGGAAUGUAUAUUGCCUUUUUCAUGGCUCUCUUUGUCUACUGUGCGAGGCAUGGCCCAUGCUUUGUAACAUAUAUAUGUAUUUUGUUUUGUUUGUAUAAUAAAUUAUGCUUGAUUGCACAAA